CACUACAAAAGCGUGGUUCAAUAUAUCCGGAAUGGUGUAGUGGCUAGCAUUUCUGCCUCUCAUGAUCUGUCUAAUCCACAAUAAAUGUUCGCAGGAGACCGGGGUUCAAUUCCCCGUUCCGGAAGAAUUCUUUUUGUCAUAUUUUUAUUGCAUUCUUUUACAAUCAAUGUAGUUUAUGUUUCUGAUUGGUUUGACAAAAGCCAAUCUGCUCUUGUGUCUUACUCUCUCGUUCAAUUUUUGUGCCUAGAAUCCAGCCGUAAACUCGUCGAUCACGCUUCAUGCUUCUGGGAGUCUUUCAUGAAAUCAAUCAUCCCGAUCCUAAGCCCAAAAAGCUAUAAACCCUUAAUAGAGCCAUGGAAAUUUGUCACAGAAUGGCAAUUCUGAUUGUCAAACAUACUGUGCACAAUUUUCAAAUCCUUUUCAUCCUUUUGUAUCUGCCGUGCCGGGUCCAACAAUUUCUUAUCGGAACUCUCCAAGCUCUUAUCAUAAGCGAGACUUCAAUCACAUCGCCUCGACCGCCUCGACCGCGAGGCUCAACGUCCACUUCAGCCCGAGCUCUAGGAACAAAACAUCACUGCCGUGAUUCUUCUCGUUACAGACCUCGCCUCUGCUGCCAUGAUAAUGACUUACGACUGAACGAACACCCCACCAAUCCUUCGACAUGGCCUCCAUAUGGUCAGGGAAGACUCCUCCCGACACGCCCACCUCCAAAGAUGUCUCGGACGUAGCAGACACGGGUCUAGCAGAUGUCGGCCUCCCAGCUCCUCAAGCUACCAGUGUUCCAAUAGGACGCCCUCAGCUCCAGAGAAAUCAACCGGCACCCCCUCCUCCCCAUCAGCCUCCGCCGCCUCCAUCUCCGAACCCGAACGACUCCCUCUCGUUGAUGCAGCUCCGGCGCAUUGUGACCGAGUUCCCCAAGAUCGACCCUACAACCUACGCUUUUACGUAUGCAGAUGUUGCAACAUUCGAGGAAGAGAUUGAUGAGUGGUUCUCAUACAAUGAUGCGGAGUACAAACGUCUGCAGAGGGCGAGGGACACAUUCGAAAGGCGAUGGAGGAAGUUUUCGAACAAGCCAUGGCUCGAAUCGGACGACCGGCAGAAGUUUGUGGAGAAAGAAGUCAAUGGCUUGCAUGCUACAGAUCUACGGAGACGCUGUAAGAGUCUGCAGACGGUCCUACACAUCAUUCUAGGAGUAUGGGACGAGACUGCCGGAAUCAAGGCAGAGGAAGCUACAAAAGCAAAGACGAAGGCUACACCUAAGCAUCUGGAGAAUAUGAAGGCCGGAAUUAUUAUGAUAACGAACGCUGGUGGCAUCGCGCUUGUCUUCCAAGUUUUGCAAAAUGCAUUCAAGAUGCUCUGGGACGACGAGUUUCGUGAAACUAAGUUACUAGAUGAGGAUAUACCCUUCAUCCAAGAUGAGCUUGACAAUGUGACCACUAUCAUAUACAUGUUUAUCGAAGGAGUUCGCAAUGAUCUCGUUGGAUUGGCAACUGCUCGCGAGCAACUUCUGGAGUUGAAUUUAAUUGACUAUUUCGUCAAGAUCACGGCAAGGCUCCGGUGGGAUGAGGCGAACGAAUUGCCACAGACUAGGAUAUUUCUGCUAUUUUGGAAGACAAUUCUGCUUGCAUUUGGCGGUACAGUCGAGAUCGAGGAUGCCAAAAGUGCUAUUAGCGAAUUGAGACAUGUCAAUGGCGAGGGAGGGAAGCUCAUCACAGCGUCUCCCUUGGAUUAUCAUAUUUUCCGCCAGGAAAUCACUUCAAAAUACCCCGCAUAUACCCCGCCACCGCCCCUCUUACCCCUCGAACCUGACAACAAUUCCAUCUUGCCACCACUUCCGAACCGACCUAGCAGAGCAAAUGGCGCGAAUGGAAUCAUACCUCCACCUAUGAAUGUUAACAGCAGUGGAGCAUCGAUUCUGCAUCAGCCUGUACACAUUGCGACUCCUGCACCCUCCCCACCUCCAUCACCUCCAGUCGGAGGCAAGGCUGGCAAGAAGCAAAAUUACCAAACCAAUCAGAACUUCCCUUUCAUGUACCCACCACUAGAUAGUACCAGUAACAGUGCUGGUGGCAAAGGGGCUGCAGGUUUACAGGAAUUACUAGUUGGUAGGAAAUGGGAGGGAAGUGAUAUACCAAAGUCAAUUCUCGAAGCCGGAGCUUUGUUUGCAAAGCGAAUGCGAAUGACAAGAGCGAUGCGACAAUUGUGGAAUGAGCGGGAGAAGUUCCUGAAGCAUGAACGGGGAUGGGAUGGUGAUGACGAAGACGAUGAUAUUGAUGAACUUGAUCUGGACACGAUACUGGACAAGAAUGCUGCACGUCAGAGCAUGAAACCUAUGAAACCGGAUGUAGAUUAUGGACCAAAUGCUGAUGUUGGCGACGAUGUCAAGAAAAAGCUCGAUCUUGUCGAGCAAUUCUAUAAAAAUUCAAUACCACACCUACAAUCUCUGGUGAUUGUUUUGCUCAAAGCUGUGCUUGCCAAUGUCACGGCACUUAUCACACAGCCUAUGGGACAGCAACAGGGCAUGAACUCUGGAUUCAGAUCGGAUGUUAAUCUGCGUGGCAACGGACCUCAGGGACAGAACAGGCAACAAGAUCCCGCAAACAUCCCAUUGCCGACCACUGUGGAUCCAUCUGAAUUGCCAAUCGAAGAGAUAGAGGCGAUGCGUUCACGUGAAAUCACAGCGAAAGCAGUGUCGGGUAUCCUUCUCAUGUUGUUGAAGUGGUUCAAAGUUUCCCAUAUCCUCAAGUUCGAAUACCUCACACAAUUACUACUGGACUCCAAUUACCUGCCACUCGUUCUCAAGCUUUUCGCCCACCAAGAAAUUGACAAAGUGGUAGAAAGCAGAACAGAUCGCGAUGAGAUGAGCUUCUUCACGUUCUGCAACGAGCAUAGCAAGAACGUCCCAAUCCCAGACUUGACAGAGCUUGAAGCCGAAGAGAGUGAAGACGAGGUCGCUCCCCCAGCCAUAAAACGCAAUCGAGACCUUCCUGUCUCAGGCUCCGAAGACAAGCUACCAGCCCUCGCAUUCCAGGAAGGCCAGCACGCGGGCAAACGCGAUCGCCCCGAACUGGACGAGCUCGGCUAUCCAACUACGGAACCCCCAUACCCAGAUGAACCCAUCACUGAGUUCUCGUGGCGUAACUUCUUUUCCUCCAUUAACUUCCUACGCAUUAUGCAGAAAAUCUGCAAGAAUAAAGCCCACCGCAACCUCCUCCUCGUUCAAUACAAAUCGUCCAACAUCCUCAAGAAAUCCCUCAAGAUCCCACAGCCUGAACUCCGCCUCUACACGCUCAAGCUGUUCAAGAACCAAGUCUCAUACUGUGGUCGCAAAUGGCGACAAGGGAAUAUGCGCGUCAUUACGGCUGUGUAUCUACAUUGCCGUCCGGAAUUGAGGGAUGACUGGCUGGCCGGUAGUGAUGUCGAUGCGGAGGUUGAAGAGGCGUUGCCUCUGGAGCAGGCACUGAGGGCGUUGACGCAUUGGCACAAUAUCAAGAGGUACCCCGAGCAGAUGGGCGCUGAUACAAAGUUGUUGGAAGAAGAACAUGAUUUCUUUGUAAGAGAGCUUGAGAGGAUGGAGUUUAUUGACGAGGGUGGCGAGGAGGAAAGUGUUGAUGGUGGGUGGAUUGGGUACGGGCCUUGAGAUGACUGUAGGUAGAUGAUCCGCAUGUAAGGUCAACAGAAACAAGCGGGCAUGGUACCAAUCCAAUUCAUUCAUUUAAUGACUUCCAUCCGCACACAAAAGAUGUCCAGCACCACUAUUUAUUUUCAUAAACCUCACAACUCCCACCAAGCCAUUUCACAAAAGUUAAGAAUCAAAUCCAU